CCACUUCUCUCUGUCUCUGAUCGCCGCCCUCUCUCUCCUACUCUGAGUUUUUUUUUAUUUAAUUUAAUUUUUUUAAAUAAUACAAAAUAACGGAGCUUAUCAUCAUUAUAUAAAAUCUUUCAUUCUCCGUUCUUCGGUAGAUCCAAUAAGGAGUUUUCCUCGUUUGAUCCAGAUCUUAGCCGUUGAGAAUGGCGGCACCAGCAGCUGGGAGAACGGGAUGGUACAAAGGGAGAGUCAAAGCAGUUCCAUCGGGGGAUUCCUUGGUGGUAACGGCGAUGGCCAGUAACAGACCUGGACCUCCACCCGAGAAGACCAUUACCCUGGCAUCUCUCAUUGCUCCCAGACUGGCACGUAGAGGCGGUAUUGAUGAGCCAUUUGCCUGGGAGAGCAGAGAAUUUUUGAGGAAGCUCUGCAUAGGGAAGGAAGUCACUUUCAGAGUUGAAUAUGCUGUACCGAGCAUAGGUCGAGAAUUUGGCUCAGUUUACCUCGGUGACAAAAAUGUUGCAAUUUUGGUUGUCUCUCAAGGCUGGGCAAAGGUCAGGGAGCAAGGACAGCAGAAAGGCGAAGCAAGCCCUAUUCUUUCUGAACUGCUACGUCUUGAGGAACAGGCCAAACAACAAGGUGUGGGUCGAUGGAGCAAGGUGCCUGGUGCUGCUGAGGCUUCUAUCCGGGAUUUACCUCCAUCUGCUAUUGGUGACCCUAGUAACUUGGAUGCCAUGGGUCUUCUGGCUGCAAAUAAGGGUAAGCCAAUGGAAGGUAUUGUGGAGCAGGUUCGUGAUGGUAGUACUGUUCGAGUCUAUCUGCUCCCAGAUUUUCAGUUUGUGCAAGUGUUUAUUGCUGGUAUUCAGUCCCCUUCAAUGGGUAGAAGGGCUGUUGCAGAAACUGUUGUUGAAACGGAUUUGACCUCUGAUGAUCAAAAUGGAGAUGCUUCAGCUGAGCCACGGGCUCCCUUAACAUCUGCACAGAAGCUUUCUGCGUCUACAGUUGCUGCUACUGAAGUGUCCCCAGAUCCAUUUGGGCCAGAAGCUAAACAUUUUACAGAAGUUCGCUGCUUGAAUAGAGAUGUCCGCAUUGUUCUUGAAGGUGUUGACAAAUUUAGCAAUUUGAUUGGAUCAGUUUAUUAUCCUGAAGGUGAAACUGCGAAGGACCUUGCAUUGGAGCUUAUGGAAAAUGGUCUAGCAAAAUAUGUUGAAUGGAGUGCUAAUAUGAUGGAAGAUGAUGCCAAACGGCGGUUGAAGGCUGCAGAGCUUGAAGCCAAGAAGACUCGGCUAAGGAUCUGGACAAAUUAUGUACCCCCAGCUACAAGCUCAAAGGCAAUCCGUGACCAAAACUUCACAGGAAAGGUUGUGGAGGUUGUUAGCGGGGACUGCAUUGUUGUGGCUGAUGAUUCUGUCCCAUAUGGCAGUCCUCUUGCAGAGCGCCGAGUCAAUCUUUCAAGCAUUAGGUGUCCAAAAAUUGGCAAUCCUCGUAGAGAUGAAAAGCCGGCUGCUUAUGCCCGGGAAGCAAGAGAGUUUUUGAGAACACGCCUUAUUGGAAAACAGGUGACUGUAGAAAUGGAAUAUUCAAGGAAGGUUCCCAUGGCAGAUGGUGCUAUAGCUGCUGCUGCACCUGCAGAUUCAAGGGUAAUGGAUUUCGGCUCAGUCUUCCUAAUGUCUCCUGCUAAGGGUGAUGGUGAUGAUGCUCCUGCCGCACUCCCAUCCACAGCUGGUAGUCAGCCACCUGGCUUGAAUGUUGCAGAGUUGGUGGUUGGACGUGGCUUUGGCUCAGUGAUAAGACAUAGGGAUUUUGAGGAAAGAUCAAACUAUUAUGAUGCCCUUUUGGCAGCUGAAUCACGUGCGAUUUCUGGGAAGAAAGGAAUCCAUUCUGCCAAGGAUCCUCCAGUCACGCACAUACAAGACCUCACAAUGGCACCAGCCAAGAAAGCUAGAGAUUUCUUGCAUUUCCUGCUUCACAAGAGGAUACCAGCUAUUGUGGAAUAUGUCCUAAGCGGUCAUCGUUUUAAGUUGUUGAUCCCUAAGGAAACUUGUAGCAUUGCCUUCUCAUUUUCUGGUGUCAGAUGUCCUGGUCGCGAUGAACCAUAUUCAGAUGAAGCCAUAGCAGUAAUGAGACGGAAGAUCAUGCAGAGAGAUGUGGAGAUUGAAGUGGAAACUGUCGAUAGAACUGGAACAUUUUUGGGGUCUUUGUGGGAGUCCAGAACCAAUAUGGCUGUGACACUAGUUGAAGCUGGCCUGGCAAAGCUACAAACUUCAUUUGGUGCUGACAGGAUUCCUGAUGCUCAUCUUCUCGAACAGGCUGAACAAUCCGCCAAGAGGCAGAAACUGAAAAUUUGGGAGAACUAUGUUGAAGGGGAGGAAGUUUCCAAUGGAUCCGCCCCUGUAGAGAACAAACAAAAGGAAUUGCUGGAGGUUGUUAUUACUGAAGUAUUGAACGGUGGAAAAUUUUACGUCCAAACAGUUGGAGAUCAGAGAGUAUCUUCUAUUCAGAAACAGCUUGCAUCUUUAAAUAUCCAAGAGGCUCCUGUGAUUGGUGCUUUUAAUCCUAAGAAGGGCGACGCUGUCCUUGCUCAGUUUAGCAUGGAUAACUCAUGGAACCGUGCACUGAUUGUCAAUGCACCUCGAGGAGGAGUUCAGUCUUCAAAUGACAGGUUUGAAGUGUUUUAUCUCGAUUAUGGAAACCAAGAGUUGGUUCCCUACAAUCAAUUACGGCCUAUUGAUGCUUCAUUAUCAGCAACACCCGGGCUUGCUCAGUUAUGCAGUCUUGCAUUUUUGAAAGUUCCAAGCCUCGAUGAUGAAUUGGGUACUGAGGCUGCCCAGUUUUUGAGUGAGCAGACAUUAGGAAGUUCACUGCAAUUCAAGGCAGUGAUAGAGGAAAGGGAUACCUCUGGGGGAAAAGUCAAGGGGCAGGGAACUGGUACUUGUCUCGUUGUAACCCUCUUUACCGAGGACCCGGAGGAUAGCAUCAAUGCAGCAAUGCUGAAGGACGGUCUUGCUAGGUUGGAGAAGAGGAAGAAAUGGGAAUCGAAGGAGAGAAAAUUGAUGCUUAAUAAAUUGGAAGAGUGUCAGGAGGAAGCGAAAACUGGUCGGCGUGGAAUGUGGCAGUAUGGAGAUGUGGAGUCGGAUGAUGAGGAUUUAUUUCCGCCAGUUGCGGCUAAGAAAACCGGAGGUCGGCGUUAGGUAUUGUAAUUUUUUUAUCAAUCACUUUUUGGGGUUAAACAUCUAAAGAGUUCUAAGUUAUAGGUGUGGAUCAUUCUCGUUUGAAGAGUUACAAGAGCUCCUCGAAAGAAAAAUCUCAACUAUAACAUGCUUAAAUUUUGACUCUUUUUUUAAAAUCUUUUUUUUUAACAUUACGAGAGACAAUUUUUUUAAUACAUGUUUAAAUAAGGUGAACAGUAGCAUUUCUGUUAUGUUUCCAUGUGGGAGACCGAUAGGAACAUUUUUUUUUUUUCAAAUUCCCGUUGGAUAGAAUUUUUAAUCUAUGUUUAUUUUGGAUAUUUCUAUGGUACGGAAAUUUCUUCUUUUUA